CCAAUCGUGACCAGUCAGCCCAGCAGUCAGCUAAAAGAAGGGGAAGAAUUCAAACUGACGUGUCAAUACAAAGGCAACUUUAGAUUUGUUACUUGGUACAAAGAUGGCAAAGACAUGAGAAAGAAGUCUGUCGUCAUUUCAGACACGGCACGCUCCAGUACCGGAGGAGAGUACAAAUGCAAAGUGCAGCGGUAUUGGUACAGGCCCACGCUCAUGAGUGAACCUCUGAAAGUUGUCACCAUCGCUUUUGAUGCGACUCUGGAAGUAGACCCGCAACGUGCGCUGUUAGGUGAUCGCAUUAUUCUGAAAUGCCUGAUCAGUGGCUGGGAACAGAGGGGAUAUCCUUUCAACUGGUACAAAAAUAAAGUGUUUCAAGAACAAAGUUAUGUCAAUUAUAUCUACAUAGAAAAUGCAAAUCAUUCAGAUGCAGCAACUUACCGGUGUGAAGCCGAAGGAAUGUUUCGAAAGCAGGUCUCAGGAGAUGUAACCAUCACAGUAACAGACCUCUGCUCCACACCCACGUUGAAUGUUGAACCGGGGGUACGCGUGCUGGCUGGUCAGCGGCUGCGAAUUACCUGCUUGGUUCAGCAACUCCACGUCGAUUAUCCGCUGCUCCGCUCGCUGCUCAAAGACGGAGAGCGCCUGGGUUUACCUGGGGGCCGAUACACCACCGGAUGGGCUGCACCUGAGGAUUCGGGGGUUUACCAGUGUGAAGUGACAAGCUCCAAGGGCAGCUACAAGGAGAUGAGCCUCCCGGUCUUCGUCUCAGUGGAGCUAAUUCCAGUAUCAAAACCAGAUCUACAAGCCGAACCUGGAGCGAAGGUCAUAGAGGGAGAGAAAACAUCACUCAUCUGCUCAGUGUCCACAGGGUCUGCCCCGAUUACCUAUGUCUUCAUUCACAAUUUAAAUAAAGAAAUCUACUGGGAGAUCUCCAACGAUAGCAGAAUUACUUACAAAAUGACUGAUGUCAGAAAAAACUCAGAAGGAAAUUACAGUUGCAAAGUCUCAAACAAGGCACCAGGACUUGCUCUCCAAAGCAAAUCCAUAGAGGUUGCAGUGAUAGUUCCCGUUGACGGCGCUUCUAUCACCUCUGAAGCUAACAACACGGAGGUUCCCAUCGGGGGUCGUCUCGUUCUGCACUGCUUGCUGAAGGCAGGCACCUCGCCACAGUUCCUUUGGUACCUGAACCGCCAACGCUUAGAAAACUCCAGCGAGUAUUAUGACCUCAGGGCGGACGUGAGUGAGCUCAAUAUUCAUUCCUUCCAGAAACGCCACGAAGGAUGGUAUCACUGUGAAGCGAACAAUGCAGGGCCCAAUGGAGUAAGAUUUAACACGACGAGCAAUGAGAUCCACAUCACAGCGCCAGUGCAGAGUAAGGCCAUCGUCACCACCGCAUCGACUCUUCCUCUACUUAUCGCUGCCCUGGCUGCAUUGUGUUGCUUCAAACUGCGGAAUAAGGCGAAAGGCAAUUCUUCAAGCGUUGCCCAGCAGCAGGGUGAUGCGACUGCAACUGGAUCUCAAAACUCGAGUCGAGAGCCACCUGCAAGCAAUUUUGAACAUGCACUUGUCGAUAAAUGCCCAAAUAUCGAUUCAACCUAUUGUGCAAUAAAUCAGGCGGAUCCUGCAGAAGAUGUUGCCAAAUCUGAGGAUGGGGUGGUUUAUUCGGUUGUCACGAUUGCCAAGUCAAGAGCCGCUG